AUGCUUCUGCGCGGCGCAAACGCAGAGCCGCUGAGCUCGCAUCUGUCGCGCGCGUACCCCGCCGCGGCCUGCCUCGCGCGCCAGUACGCGCAGUACGCGCGCCAGGCGCUGCUCGCCACCAACCACGCCAGGGGCGCGCACGGAGCGCAGGCGCACGGCCAGGCGAGGGACGACUUUGUGCUCGGGCGCGUUAGCGUGCCGAACAUCGCCUGGUUUUGCUUCUUCGUCGCGUUGCUGCAUGGCACCGUGCGGCUUUUAGUCGUGUUUGCUUUUUUCUUCGCCGCCAUCAUGUUCAGCUCUACGGAAAAGCCGAUGUUAUCCGCCGUGCUUUCGAAGCUCUUCACCUACACCGUUAAUGAAAGUCCAUACAUAGAGCUCUUCAAAUGGCUCACUCGCGUCCUUUCACACGACCCGGUCAUUCCCGCGGGUUCUACUGAAAAAUGGAAAGCUGCUGCAGAGCUCAAUGACUACCUCGCCGCCUCGCUCUUAUUCACCCCACUGUUUCAAGGAGUCAUGGCUUUUCUAGCUGGAGCAACUCUCUCCAUGUUGGUGAACUCUGCCCUAAGCAUAGUUGGCGGUAUACGCCUCCAGAAUGGCGUUCCACACGAAGAUUAGCUAGCUCUCCGCCCACCGCAUCUACACCGCGACCAUUUCCUAGCAGUAUGCUAGGAAGAAUGUUACAUUACAACAGAUUCUACGAUUUGCAUAAUUGGCAAUGUGGAAAGAAAAUUGU